CUGGGCGAAUUCCAUCUUCCUGUUUCUUUGGAAAAGCCACCUACAAGUUACAGUGUGUUGUCACCAGAAGUGCAACUUCCCGGUAUGAAAUGGUUAGAGAGCCACAAGGGUGUAUUUCAUGUUGCCGUCAGGGCUGUCUCUUCCAUUUACACACAGGAUAUUCCCAUUCAUAAAUUUCUAAAGAUCUGUCAUCAGAUCGAAGGACGUGUUGCAUCAUCACCAACUCGUACCUCAGAGGGAAACCUGGAAUCUGUUUUGCGAAAAAGCAUAGUUGACUUGUCCAAGGCAAGAGAAGAACCUCUUGUGAGGUUCUUGUACCUGAUUCUGGAUAAGCUUAUUUUGCUGCUUGUCAGACCACCAAUAAUUUCAGGGACUGUAGUAAACAUUGGACAAUCAGCUUUUGAGUCGUUAACGCAGAUUGUCCAUCGACUUCAUGUGCUGUUAGAGAACAGCCAGGAUGAACACGGCCGUAAUCAGCUGCUGGCUUCAUACAUCACUUAUGUCUUCUCUGCUCCUUACAAUCACUCUCCACCAUCAUCACCUGAUCAUUAUACAGAACCAUCACGUUCAGCGAGUAUACCAGUUGGGCUACAAAGUAAAGCAAGACAGAAGAUGUCAAGCAGUAAUCCUCAGCUGAACUCAGCGGAUGAGCAGCAACCUUCAUAUACAACUGGAAAGUGGGUGGAUGAGGAAGAGGAACCAAGGAUGGCUGAGGUGAUGAACUUGCCUGGCAACAGGAGCAGUAUGGCAGAGUCUCGUCCCAGCUCCCUGGCUGUUCCUGGUCUUGUUCUUGGCAGCAGUAAUAACAGGAAGCUGGUGCAUGAGGAGUUGGCUUUGCAAUGGGCUGUGGCUUCUGGACCUGUCAGAGAACUAGCAAUGGGUCAUGCUUGGUUCUUUUUUGAUCUGAUGGAUUUUACCCUCUGCCGACGGCUGAACUCCAGUUUAGCCUUCUUCUUGUACGAUCUUUUGUCCUUGAUCGACAGAGGCUUUGUGUAUGAGCUUAUCAGGCAUUACUUUAGAGAGAUGCAUUAUCAAGCCACCAAUGAGACCAAUGAGCCAGCAGCGAACCAGCUAAGACUCGAGUUCCUGAGGAUCGUUUGCAGCCAUGAGCACUACGUGACCCUCAAUUUGCCAUUCCCAUGUCCCCUCUUCCCCACUCCUCCCUCAUCACCUACAGCUUCUGUCUUGUCAAUCGACUCGGCCAUGUCUACCUACACCUUAGUGAUCGGCAACAGUAUGGCGGAACUUUCAACACCUUUUAGACAGCAGCAUUUCCUGGCUGGUCUGGUGCUAUCUGAACUGGCUCUGGCUUUAGAAGGAGGGGACAUGACCAUAAUAUGCCAAGCUAUAGACACCACACGUGAUCUGAUAGCCUGUCAUGACUCAGACACCCGCUAUGAUAACGUCUCCUGUCGCUCAGCCGUGGCGGCUCUCUAUCUACCCAUUGCUGGACUGGUGGUAGGAGCCUUACACCAGCUACAUGGGUAUGGUACCAAGGACAACUUCAGCUUCACCCCUGAUGUUGCCAUGGCUAUAGCCACGUCCAGUGUAUCAACCUUAAAGGGAUCUGAUGACAGCAGGAAUGAAUUUUCAUCGCAGAAAAGUAAACCACAGCAGCUAAGCCUCGAAGCUACCAGAAACCUGUUGGUAUGUCUGUUGUGGGUGCUGAAGAACAUGGCUAGUGACGUGCUAAGAGAUUGGUGGGCUGACCAACAACCUGCUAAACUUGGCUUGCUGCUGGACGUUCUUCGGCUGUGCAUCACUCUGUUUGAAUAUGGCGGCAAGGUGCAGAAGUCUUCGCAGUUUCAAACUGUGCCAAGACCGAAGGCGCAGCAGGAUGCAAAAGCAAAAAUAGAAGAGAUGUUACUUGGAAAUAAAGGAGCCGCGAGAGAAAUGAUGCAGCGACAUAGCAGAGUGAUGUUAGAAAAAGGCCAGUCACCAACCCCUGAGGCUCGAUUAAGAUGGCGAAAGGAUCAAACACAAUGGAGACAGGCUACGGAACAACAAGACAGAGUGCGUCCUGAAGUUGAAGUCAAUGCUCAAAUCGAAGGAGGGCUUGCUGCUGAAGUCAGCACCAUUGUUCUUGAUACACUUGAGCACUUGGUACAGACCGUGUCUUCCUCAGAGUCUCUUCGUGUUGUAUUGAGUGGAAUCCUGCGGGUUUUACUCCAUUCUUUGAGCUACAACCAGAGUGAAAGAGUCUUGCAGAACAUAUUUGCGACUCAAAGAUCAAUUGUCUAUAAGUUCCCGGAGCUAUUGUUUGAAGAUGACACAGAGCUUUGUGCAGACUUGUGUUCCAGACUACUAAACCAUUGCAGCUCGGCUCUUAGUAGUAUUCGGGCUCAGGCCAGCGCGUCACUCUAUCUCCUCAUGCGACAGAAUUUUGAAAUAGGAAAUAAUUUUGCAAGGGUCAAGAUGCAAGUUACAAUGUCACUUUCCAGUCUCGUUGGCACUUCACAAGCAUUUAAUGAAGAUCACCUCCGUCGGUCAUUGAAAACAAUCAUUACUUAUGCUGAAUCAGACCAGGAGCUGCGAACGAGCACUUUUCCGGAUCAGGUGCGGGAGUUGGUGUUCAAUCUUCACAUGAUUCUGUCGGACACAGUCAAGAUGAAAGAGUUUCAAGAGGAUCCAGAAAUGUUGAUUGACUUGAUGUACAGGAUUGCCAAAGGAUAUCAAAAUUCACCUGAUUUACGACUGACGUGGCUGUGCAACAUGGCUACCAAACACGGCGAGAAUAAAGUGGAGGCAGCCAUGUGUCUGGUACACACAGCAGGUUUAGUUUCUGAGUACCUGAGUAUGUUGGAAGACAAGCCGCACUUACCUAUUGGAUGCGUUUCGUUUGAGAAGAUAUCCCCCAAUGUGCUGGAAGAAAGCGCUAUUUCAGAUGAUGUAGUAUCACCUGAUGAGGAGGGUAUUUGCACUGGGAAGUACUUCUGCGAGAAUGGAUUGGUAUCUUUACUCGAAUCAGCUGCAAACACGUUUUUUCGAUCUCAUUUAUUUGAGUGUGUAAAUGAGGUGUAUAAACUGCUGAUCCCGAUUCUAGAAGCAAAACGUGAUUAUAAGAAGCUGACUCAGGUUCAUCAGAGGCUUUCAGAAGCAUUCGGCAAGAUUAUACAGACGGAAGGAAAGCGUAUGUUGGGAACAUACUUCCGAGUCGGUUUUUAUGGAUCUAAAUUUGGAGAUUUGGACGGAGAGGAGUACAUUUACAAAGAACCCGCCAUCACGAAGCUUCCUGAAGUGUCCCAUCGUUUGCAGGCAUUUUAUGGAGACAAGUUCGGGCAUGAUGUUUUGGAAGUAAUCAAAGAUUCCAACGCAGUUGAACAAGACAAGCUGAAUCCAGAAAAAGCUUACAUCCAACUUACCUAUGUGGACCCAUAUUUUGACGAAUAUGAAUUGAAGGAUCGUAUUACCUAUUUUGACAAGAAUUUCAACUUAAGAAGAUUUAUGUACGAAACUCCUUUCACACCGAGCGGAAAGCCUCAUGGUGAACUGGUCACCCAGUACAAGAGAAAGACGAUUUUGACUGCUGCCAACUCAUUCCCGUAUGUCAAGACACGAGUCAAUGUUGUGCAUCGUGAACAGAUUGUGUUGAGUCCCAUUGAAGUCGCCAUCGAGGAUAUGGAACUAAGGACGAAAGAGCUUCUUAACGCAAUCAAUCAAGAACCACCAAACCCCAAGAUGCUUCAAAUGGUGUUACAAGGUUCUAUUGGCACCACUGUUAAUCAGGGUCCUCUAGAGAUUGCUUUGGUAUUCCUGUGUCACGAUCAGGACUCUGAAGACGGCGGGGAAACGCCAAUGAUCACGAGACACCAUCACAGACUCAGACUCUGUUUCAAAGAGUUUAUCAAAAGGUGCGGAGACGCUCUGCAAAGGAACAAGCAGCUUAUCGCAUCUGAUCAACGUGCCUAUCAGAAAGAACUGGAGAAGAAUUUUACACAGCUCACCGAACAGCUCGAACCUCUCUUGAGAAACAAGUCUGGCACCUUACGUGGAUCCACCAGGCAGAAGGAAGGAUCUGCACUGCUGAGGAAAAUCUCCAAGAGUUUUAAUACAGGACACAGCAUAGCUUAACUCAAAAUCCGUUGCAGAGCUUAAUCUUUGCCGAGUCAAUUUUGUAUGUUCAAGAAGUUGGAAUUGAUUGAUUGAUGGAAUGAUUAAUGGAUUUAAUACUAUACAGACUGUGAACCUCCUAUUUGUGAAAUUCUUUUGAAGUCGGUUGUGCGAAAAAUUCGCAAAAAAGCAAAAACUUUUAUCUUUUUUAUGGGGGCCAUAAAGAGCUUCUUGAUAUUCAAAGAUCCAUGUAAAUUUAGGACAUUGGCCACCGAAUAUUUUCCCAAUCAUAAGAUGUGUUUUGUACUUCGUGUGAUCAUCAUAGAAAGGUAAAAGAGACAGGUGUUAGCUUAAUGUGCCAACAAUCCUGCCCAAAACGUUUGGAGAACACAUAUCCCUUUUUCCAAGUCCGUCCCGUGUAUCAUGAGCAAGUUACGUUCAUUUUCCACCUACGAAAGUAGACUUGUCAAUAUUUCCUCCCUCCCUGUGUUUAAUAUUGUCCAGGGUUGAAGGGGUGAGUUCAUGGUAUUAGUAUUUACCAGAUGUAACGAUAGUGCCCAGACAUUUUUGGCAAGAUUGUAAGCUUUUAUUAGAAAACAAUUUAUUGUGAAUAUUGUACAGGAACAUGAAAGUAAACAAUUUUUUUUUGGUUCAAAAAGAAUAUUCUUUAAUUUCUUAUGUAUUUGCAGAAUAACAACUAAUAAGGCUAGACAAUAUAUUAUAUGCACAACAUGCCAGCUCCACACAGAGACAUGAUGAAUGUUGGAACGAAUUUGCAAUGAUUUUGCUGGUUUUGUUUUGCUUUUUUUUGAAAUGUGAAACGAGGUGUGGACGGAGAAAUGGAAAGUGCUUUGGUGGAUCAACUUUAUUAAACAGUUUCUUUAAUAAAAAAAAACUUUGUAAUGA